CCAGCCGAGAAGCCGAGGCCGGCCGACACCCGCCCGAGACCCUCCGAAGGGCCGAGGCGCGCCGACACCCGCCCGAGACCCCCCGAGAGGCGGAACGCGGCGGAGCCCGAGCCGCGCGCGUGCCGGGCGGACGCUUGCGGAAAGAUGAAUUUGCAACUGGUUUUCUGGAUUGGAUUCAUCAGCUUGAUUUGUUCCGUAUUUGGCCAAACAGGUAAAAAAAAAAAUGUUUUCCUUACAUUUUUACAAGAAGGAAUGCCUACUUCUGCACGUUGUGAUGAUUUAGAAGCAUUAAAAAAGAAGGGCUGCCAGCCAAGUGACAUAGAAAACCCAAGAGGCUCCCAAACUAUAAAGAAAAAUAAAAACGUCACCAACCGCAACAGAGGAACGGCAGAGAAGCUCCAGCCAGAGGACAUAACUCAGAUCCAACCACAGCAGCUGCUCCUGAAGCUGCGAUCAGGAGAACCACAGAAGUUUACAUUAAAAUUCAAAAGGGCUGAAGACUACCCCAUUGACCUCUACUACCUUAUGGAUCUGUCCUACUCUAUGAAAGACGAUCUGGAGAAUGUGAAGAGCCUCGGCACAGAUCUGAUGAAUGAGAUGAGGAGGAUCACUUCUGACUUCCGCAUUGGCUUCGGCUCAUUCGUGGAGAAAACUGUGAUGCCGUACAUUAGCACCACCCCAGCGAAGCUCAGGAACCCCUGCACGAGUGAACAAAACUGCACCAGCCCCUUUAGCUACAAAAAUGUGCUCAGUCUUACUAACAGAGGAGAGGUUUUCAAUGAACUUGUUGGUCAGCAGCGCAUCUCUGGAAACUUGGACUCUCCAGAAGGUGGUUUUGAUGCCAUCAUGCAGGUCGCAGUUUGUGGAUCUCUGAUUGGCUGGAGGAACGUGACGCGACUGCUGGUGUUCUCUACGGAUGCUGGCUUUCACUUUGCUGGAGAUGGGAAACUGGGGGGCAUUGUUUUACCCAACGAUGGGCAGUGUCACCUGGAAAACAACGUCUACACAAUGAGCCAUUAUUACGUAAGUACUGAACUGAAGAAUUUGAUCCCUAAGUCUGCAGUGGGCACACUGUCUGGAAACUCCAGUAACGUGAUCCAGCUGAUCAUCGAUGCCUACAAUUCCCUUUCUUCAGAAGUCAUUCUGGAAAACAGCAAAUUGCCGGAAGGAGUAACAAUAAAUUACAAAUCCUACUGCAAGAACGGGGUGAACGGGACAGGAGAAAAUGGGCGAAAGUGUUCUAAUAUUUCCAUUGGAGAUGAGGUUCAAUUUGAAAUAAGCAUAACUGCAAAUAAAUGUCCAAAUAAGGAGUCUGAAACCAUUAAAAUUAAGCCUCUGGGCUUCACUGAAGAAGUAGAGGUUGUUCUUCAGUUCAUCUGUAAGUGCAAUUGCCAAAGCCAUGGCAUUCCAGCGAGUCCCAAGUGCCAUGAGGGGAACGGGACGUUUGAGUGUGGAGCCUGCAGGUGCAAUGAGGGGCGUGUGGGGAGGCAUUGUGAGUGCAGCACAGAUGAAGUGAACAGCGAAGACAUGGACGCUUACUGCAGGAAGGAGAACAGCUCAGAGAUCUGCAGUAACAAUGGGGAGUGUGUCUGCGGACAGUGCGUGUGUAGGAAGAGAGAUAAUACCAACGAGAUUUACUCUGGCAAGUUCUGCGAGUGUGAUAACUUCAACUGUGAUCGAUCCAAUGGCUUAAUUUGUGGAGGAAACGGUGUUUGCAGGUGUCGCGUGUGUGAAUGCUUUCCCAAUUACACUGGCAGUGCGUGCGACUGUUCCUUGGACACUGCUCCGUGUGUAGCAUCAAAUGGUCAGAUCUGCAACGGCCGGGGCAUCUGUGAGUGUGGGGCCUGUAAGUGUACAGAUCCCAAGUUUCAAGGGCCAACCUGCGAGACGUGUCAGACCUGCCUUGGCGUCUGUGCAGAGCAUAAAGAAUGUGUUCAGUGCCGAGCCUUCAACAAAGGAGAAAAGAAAGACACGUGUGCACAGGAGUGCUCCCACUUCAACCUCACUAAGGUGGAAAGCAGGGACAAGCUGCCCCAGCCAGUGCAGGUCGAUCCCGUGACCCACUGCAAGGAGAAGGACAUUGAUGACUGCUGGUUCUAUUUCACCUACUCGGUGAAUGGCAACAACGAGGCCAUCGUGCAUGUUGUGGAGACUCCAGACUGUCCGACCGGUCCUGACAUCAUCCCGAUUGUAGCAGGUGUGGUUGCUGGGAUUGUGCUCAUUGGCCUGGCCUUACUGCUCAUUUGGAAGCUUUUAAUGAUAAUCCAUGACAGAAGGGAAUUUGCUAAAUUUGAAAAGGAGAAAAUGAAUGCCAAGUGGGACACGGGUGAAAAUCCUAUUUACAAGAGUGCGGUGACAACUGUGGUCAAUCCAAAGUAUGAGGGAAAAUGAGCCCUGCUCAGGCCGAUUCCACAAUGCCGAGCUCACAGCAGCAUCGUCUUAGUCACGUAGGGUAGCUUUGGGGCUCCGUGGCCAGGGUUUGUUCACAUGCAGGUUUGGGAAAUGUACAAUAUGUAUAAUUUUUAAUUUUUUUUAUUAUUUUGAAAAUAAUGUUAUAAUCCAUGCCAGGGACUGACAGAAGACUUGAGAAAGGAUCUUUAUCCUUGUCAGCUAAGGUCACAGUGUGCCUUUCUAACCCUUCCUCUCCGAUCAUUGGAAUCAGGGGCACUGCUGGGCGACGCAGGGCAGAGUUGAAGCAGCUGCGUCACCCACGUCUGCACCGCCACUGAUUCAGCCCAGUGCUGCAUCUGAAAGACACGUGUGCUGGCAGUUUCCAGUUAAAUCACUUUGACACAGUUGUUUUACAAAGGCCAUUGGGAAAAUUCAGAGAGGUGGAAGGAAAAACUUAGCUUUAAAACCUGUGUGCCAUUGCGAGUUACUUGAUCCCGUAACUCUGACGCCUUCUCUUUAUAAAUCCAAGCUUGGAUAAAAGUCCUGGGGACUCUUCAGCUAAGAAGUCCCUGACUUAGCACUAGUCACACAAAGGCCGUAACUUCCAUAGCAUUUGCUGAAUGGGAACCUUUAUGAGUUUAUUUUACUUUACUGUUCUGUUUAAUUCCUGGUGCUCUUUUUCACUUCUUCUAAUCUUCUCAUGUGUCUGUUUGCAGUUUGGGGUUAAGACUCUUUAUCAUUUUGUUUACUUGGCUUUCACUGCCUUCUUCGCGAACACUCUACGCUCUCCUGCUGCUUGCAGGGCUGCAGGGCCUGGGCCGUUCCAGCCGUUCCACCACUGCGCGCCUCCGAGCCUUCCCUGCCGCGCGCGCUCUCACCCUAGUCACAGCCUUGUUUUAAGUGCCUUUUAAUUUUGACAAUGCUAUUAACUGAAGUUAUUUAUUAAAAUAAAAAGGCCUAAAAUACUUAAA